AUGCGCCUUGUGGAGUCUCCUAAAGAAUCGCUCGGCGACGGUCCGUCGACCAAAGCAGCGACGCCAUCGAUGAAUGCCUUUCCCUGGGUGAAAUCCUUUCCAGGUGCCAUAAUGAUAUCCAUGUCAGCCUGGCCGGCCAAGAUCGCCCGGGUAGGGUUAUCAUCGAAAAGCCCUCAACGCACCCGCUUUAACAGCAUCAGUGAUAGUGACUCCUUUGAAACCAAGGCGGCCCCGCAGUUCGCCUUAAAUUCAGGUACGGCUUAG